CGUAGUAUGCAACCGGUAUUAUCCCAAAAAGUCGUUGCCUUGCCAGUUGGUGAUAGUAUGUCGACAUCAACAGCAACAACGCACUAGCGUCCGCUGCUUUUCUGUUAUCCAUCUCUCAAAGAUGGAGGAAGAAACUUCUUUGUUGCCUCUGCACGAUGUCUUUGACCUUAAACUACCAUUCUUCCUCUGCCAGCAACAUGCUGCUAAGAAAAUCCUCUUUUCCAAUGGCCUCGUAUGCUUUUUCUUUAAGGAAGACAUCCGUAACUGUGCGUUUAGUCCCACCACACGAUACAUCCUUAAACUUCCUUACUUUCCGGGGCACAUUUGCAAUGUGUCUCUCAAUGUGGGUUUUGGAUACCAACCCCAGAGAGACAAGCACAAGAUCAGGGCGUGGUAUGCUCAGGACGCCAAAAUCAAGAAACGUUGGCGGAAAUUCAAGAAACAUUCUCCCGUGGCGAGAAUGGUCACUGUGGAAGAGGUUAAGGAUAGGAUAAUGAUGAUUGCGCGCUGCAUGAGGAAGAAGAUGACUUGGGAAGUUGUGGUAGAACUCGAGGUUGAGAAUGGGGAAGAAGAAAAGGUUAUACGAUACCUGUGGGACCUUGUGUUGUCGUCCCCCAAAGACAUUCAGAGCUCUUUGGAUUUCACAGGAGAAGUUGUCGGGAAUGUUCUCUAUAACACCGAUCCUGAUGACCUGGCAGUGGCUUUGGACAAUUAUCUCGUUUUGAACUACCAGCAGCAUGAACUACAACUUGAAAGGCUCUUCUUUUGGCCUCGCAGGAUCGUGAUAACUGAUAUCCCUUGUGUGGGCUGUCUACUGCCUACGGAACCGGGUGAGGAGAUUCUGUUUUUGCCUGUGGUGAGGGUUCCCAUCGGAGAAGAUGAAGCGAUCGUCUUUAGCCCGGUUUUGAGGGGUAGCAGAAACAGGCCGGGGACCCUUGUUGAUGAUCCCCCCAUGGUGUUCAUCCCUACCCCACCAUACAAAGGCCGCAAGCACCUUCUUCCAAUUUACCCUGAAACUACCAAAUUAUAUUGUAGGGAUUUGGGAUCUCUUGCUCGUCACCUCACAGAGGUGUUGAAUGUCGUGAGUAUUAUUGGUAGCUGUGAUGGUGAUGAAAAUGAUGGUUAUGGAGAUGAAGAUGGUGAUGAGGAUGAAGAUGGUUAUGAAUAUGAAGAUGAAGAUGGUUAUGAAGAUGAAGAUGGUGAUGGUUAUGAAGAUGAAGAUGCCACCGCCGGCGACCAGGACCACCAACUCAGCCUUACAGCCACGUCGGAGGACGGCUGCGGUACAGCUUUAACGAUGCAGAAGAAGAAGGAGCGGAGAGUGAGCUUCGCGGAGACGACUUCCGUCCAUUUCUUCGACCGCGACGAGGAGGAAACGCCUCCGGAAGCCCUGGCUAAGGCGGGUGAUGGAAGCGGAUUUCAAGUGAACGAGCUGAAUUUCCAUCAAUUGGACAAUUCGAGAAGGGACGACGAUGGGGAUGAAGAAGAGGACGGGAAUGUGAGUGAUGACGAUGAGGACGGAGAGCCUGCAUUGGGGAGAUCGUUCCUAAGGCCCAUGGAGUCUCCUUCUCCUGGUAGUACAUUUGGAUCUGCUACCUCGAAUAAUGAACAAUUUUUCGGUCCGGUAUCACCCAGUUUUAUAAGGCCCGGAAGACUAUCAGAUUCAGCUGUUUCAGAAGAUAACCAUGAAGUUACCAUGGAUUCAACAGCUUUCUCCAUGCAUUUUCGCAGCCUUGCUAGAUCAGAGGCAGGGGUAGACUUGAAGACCCCACCUGGCACGCAUCUUUUUGGUGAAGAGAAAACACCAGAAUGCACUCAAGGAAACUCUAUGGUCCUCACAGUAACAAAGAAGUCAAUUUUGAAUUCCUCAUUACCUGUUGUUAAUGCUAGUGGAGAAAGUGAUUCAAGCGAUAUGAGUCUGAUUGGUGAACACUCACAGGAGUAUGAUUAUGGUAGAUUGUCACCCGACUUAAAUGCACUUCUAGCAGAAGGUCAACAUCAAAUAGAUAUGUUUUCAUUAUCAGAUAAUAUCAGCGCUUCAGCAUUGCCUAGAAACAAGAAAUCCGAUUAUUUAUCAGCAAAAGAGGAUGAAAGUUGCACUAUGGGUCCUGAUGAGAGUUGUAAGCACGAUGCAGCUGUUGCUGCUAUCCAUAAUAUGCCAUCUGAUUCAGUAUAUGCUCAUGCCCCCCUUGAUUCAUCAGUUUCUCCAUCCAAUCCUCCAGAUUCAGGCAUUUUAGUUGAUAACAAAGCUUUGUUAUCUAAUAAAUUUAGUAAAGAGAAACUAGUUGGUUACAGUAUGGGGGCUUCUACAGAUGCUUUUGAGGUUUGGAGAACUAAGAAUCUUACUUCAGUGAAUUAUGAUUCCCCAUUGAGUCUUCAUAUUCCUAAAGACAUCUCUCCCCAAUUGAAAUCUCCGCUGACAGGGGCUGUAUCACCUUCACCUAUCUGGGGGAGUCCAAUGCAUGCAAUAGAGGGACAGAAAAGACAAUUCAGCAAGGAUGGAAAUGGUUUCACGGCUUUGGCACAUUAUGAAGGAAAAAUGCAUAGUCCAUUGAUAUCAGAGGACCCUAAAGAGAUGUUAUUUACUUCUGAAAGAGAUUCCCUCCCAGCUGAAUGUGUAGGAGAAAAGCAAGCAUCUACUACCCCUUGUAUUAAUUUUUCUCCAGGAAAAUCAUUGGAAAAACUUUCACCGUCGUUUCAAGAUUACCUGUUUAGCCCAGGCAGAAAACCAAGGUUUCUUGGUGGAUCUGCUAAUAUUUCAGGUGAUAAAAGAAAAAAUGAAUUACUGAUUGAGCACAGGGAUAGUCAGGAUGCUAUUAUCACAUUGCAAAGGAGUCCAAAACUACAAAAAUAUCAAGGCCUGGAUAUCUCAAAAUGUCCCGAUGAAACUUGCAGUGGAAAACCUUCUGAACUUAAAUAUUGGGCAGAUGUGAAGUCAAAAUUCUUGGAGAGCGCAGAUAAAUGGGAAUUCUUGCCAACAGAGAAACUUAGUGUAUAUGGGAUUGACGUUCUACAAGAUUUCAUGAAUCACAUGCACAAGUCAAAAAAAUAUGAGUUAUUGCACCAUGGACUUCUCUCUCAGAAAAAAUCUGCCCAUCAAAAUCUUCUAGAGAAAAGGACAGCUGAAUUGAAAUUGCUUUUGUGCCGAGUUGUGCAUGAGAAGGCGAAGUUUCAUUUGAUGCGUGCGAAGCAAGAGAAAUUACAGGAAAAGUUUCGUUCUGUAUGCUCUGGGAUUCAAGAAUGCAUAACUUUGAAGUUUAAUUCUUUUACUCAAAUAUCUGCAACUUAUGCUAAAAGUCUCCAACUUGAUGCUUCUCUGCAGACAUCUCUUGUCAAUUUAAAUGGAAUGCGAGAGGUGGUUCGUGACAAAGUGAGCACUAUGGCGCAGACCUUGGAACUUUCAGACAUGAAAAUUACAAACUUGAUUAAGUAUUUUAACAGUACUAUAAAAAUGAAAGAUGAACUAAACUGUAAUGACACUAUUGCAUUUGUAAAGGAGUUUCUGGUGAAGAGAAAACGUUGUGGAUUCUUUCAUCAGGAGAUGCAGAUGUUUGAUAUUCAGAGCAUUAAGAGUAGUCCUGAUCAUCACAAUCUCGUCCUCAACUACCUUGGGAUCCUUGUUCAAAGUUUGAACAUAGCUACUGGCUCAGCUUCAAGCAUAACCAUUAUUAACAGACUUGAUGAUUCUGCCAUUACAAAAAACUUCCGCAAUAUGGAUGCUUACACUGCAUUUUCAUUUGUGCUGGAGGAUGAGAUAUCCAGGAAGCUUGUUGGUACUAGAAGUCUAGCCCAAGAGAUUCAGGUGACUCAGUCCCUCUUGGGCAAUUUGAUUGAUGUGAUUCAGGAGGCACAGUUGGCACGGAGAGAGCUUCGCAACCUGGUUGAUACUCGUUUUUGCUCUUCUAAUGAUGAAGAACUUGAUCUGCAACUUACUUUCAUUAGCCUGAAGAGUGGCAUCAAGGUGAAAGCUACACUUGUCAUCUCAUCCUUGAGUAGAGGGAUCUAUCCUUCAGAGACUAUCCCAUCCGUGGGGGCAGCCCGAGCUGAUGGGACCAAGUGCGACGAUGAAGCAUUUCUUUGGGGGAUUGAUAAUGCAGUGAAGAGCGUAAAACCAGGUCACUUUAGAAUUAUACGGUUAUGUCGUUCCAUUUCCAAUGCUAUUUGAUCUUGUAAAACUAAAGCUUAUUCGCCGAGAUUCAAGACCUGCGUAUCUUUGCCCUUCUCAAUUUAUCAUUCUGUUUAUAGAGUGCAUUUGAUUACUGCGUAUUUGUCUCCCUUUAAUCACACAGUUUUGUUUUCGGAAAUCUCUGUUCUGUUAAUUGGGACUAGAUGGUGUACAUAACAACAUACACUCAUGUCUCAAUAUAUUUGUUCAAUUUGA